GCUGAUAGGAAGUCCCUUCACUUCUUUAUUGUCCAUAAUCUGACAAGGCUUUAGGUUAGCCACAAGACACUUUGUCAUGAAAAUUAAAGACGAACACGGGGAAGAUGGAAAUGUGAAUGAUAUGAACACUCUCAGUAUUGCAGACAAGAUUGGGUUUGCCUCAGCUUCUACCACAACCUUUCAUAUAAGUGAGUCUCAAAUCCAAAGAAAGCCAUCCAAGUGCUAUGCUCGGGCAGCCCUUGGCAUCUACCUGCUGCUGCUGACAGCUGGCCAGCUGCUGCUGGCUUACAAAGUGAUGAAGAUGGAGAGAGAGAGGUUGAAAUUUCAAGAACAAAAUGCCUCUUACACAGAAGAGAUUCUGGAAAGCUCCUUUGCCAAUGAACUGAUGUUGGAGAGAAGCUCUGCAGAGAAGCACACGGGAUAUAAACAAAACUGGAGGAGCAGUUUAGAAGAGGAAAUCACCAUAAUCAAAAACAGCAAUGCAAACUUGAUGAUGAUGAUGAGAAACAUCACCCUGGUUGCAGGGCCACCUGGACACAAAGGAGAUCCUGGUCCACCAGGGCUACAGGGACCACCAGGGACAAAGGGAGACCAAGGAAUCCAAGGCUUACGUGGACUACAGGGUGUGAAGGGCAGCAAAGGAGAUCCCGGUCCUGCUGGCCCGAGUGGUGAUCCGGGACUGAGAGGAGAAAAAGGAGAGAAGGGGCUUGCAGGACUCCAAGGACAGAAAGGUGGAAUGGGCAAUAAGGGAGACCCUGGGCCCCGUGGACCCCUGGGUCCUCAGGGACUGCAAGGAGCCCCAGGACUGCCUGGCUUCAACGGUAGCACAGGGGAGCCUGGACGUCCUGGGCAGAAAGGAGAGGCAGGUGUAGCCGGAUCACCUGGACUUCCAGGAGUUCCUGGCUCCGAUGGCAGACCUGGUCAGAAAGGGGAGAAGGGGAACAACGGGCCCAGUGGUAGUCCAGGGAUACCAGGCGCUGCAGGACUCAAAGGUGAAAAGGGAGACAGCGGAGUACCAGGUAUUCCAGGGCCAAAGGGAACAGCAGGAGAAAAGGGCUCAACAGGCAUCCCAGGCAUCUCUGGCCAAAAAGGAAGCAAGGGUGAUCGUGGCAGUCAGGGUCCAAAAGGAGAACCAGGUCUAAAAGGAGCCAAGGGAGACCAUGGAUCAUCUGGUUCCCCAGGAAUGAAAGGGAGCAAAGGUGAAAAGGGAGAAGCCAGCUCCAAUCAAUUCAUACGAAUCGCAGGAGGGGGCAAUAGGGGCCGUGUAGAAGUUUUUCACCAGGGGACCUGGGGAACAAUAUGCGACGAUGACUGGGGCAUCCAAGAUGCCAACGUGGCCUGCCGAAUGCUGGGAUACAGCCGUGCAUCUGCUACCUUCACAGCCACAGCAGGUACCGGACAAAUUUGGCUUGAUGACAUGAACUGCAGAGGUGAUGAAAGUUCGAUUUUCACCUGUCCAAAGUCCGCCUGGGGUGUGAACAACUGCUCUCACAGUGAGGACGCUGGCUUGGAGUGUGUUUGACAGAACACAGAGGCUGCCCUGGGAACUACUGCCUGCCUCUGCUCUCUAUGGGGCUUUUCUUCAUAACGCAAACCCAGUUUUAUCUGUCUGUGCUUAUAGUCUCUUUACCAGGCCAUAAAAGUAUUGACAGAGAAAGUUGAAUUUCCCAUAAAUUGAUAACGGCUGCAAGACUCACAGGUAACUUGAAACAUCCCAGCUGUUGUGAAACAACUGGAGCUCAGGCACAUAAGCCAGUUCACAGUUUUUCCAUUUACCUGACAUCAGCUCAUCUGCAGUAGCUCACAAGUGUAUGACCUCUAAGUCCACAGGGGAAGUGAGAUGGUCCAUUUCCACUUAGUGCAGUAAAAGAGAACAGGAUCAGAGUGCAGAGAUGAGCAGUUAUUACAGCUGAGCUGGACAGUUCGUCUUCAUCACAGCACAGUUAUGAAUUUGAGCAUAAAGCCCCCAGUGAAGCGCAUAAACCCAAGACAGUAGCUGCUCAGACAUCACCAGAUGAUCUCUCUGGCAUGUAAACACAAAUGUUCUCCAGAAAUGAUGCUGAUCACAGAUUACAGUGCAGAAAUAAGUGCCUGGGAUCUAGGUGCUGUACUAUUCUGUGUUUUUUACCUUGACCAAGUCCUCUGUCUUUUCUGCCAGCAUUUCCUAACCUGUUCCCAGGAGCAAUACCCAUUACGUUAUGUGCUGUAUAAAGCUAAGCCUUUCAUACCUUCAGAAAUUAGGUGCUUCAGUAAAGCAAAAGGAUGACAAAAGCAAUAAUGGGAAAGUAUCAGCUAAUUAAAAAUCCAGAGUGAAAAUACAGUUCCUAAACCAAAAGUUUCUGUCUUAAAUGAAAGUCUCGUCUGCAUCUGAGAUAAGAAGUGAAAGGCUUUUAUUUCCUGAGGCCUGAGCCUUCCCCUUUUCCACCAGCACAGACCAUUCAGCAGGUGACAAGCAGCCUGUGUCCGUGUAGCUGGGCACAUCACUACAACCAGCCCACAGAUAGUUGAUGUAAAAUGCCAGAAGUUUGUGUAAGCAACCCCACCUCUCUGCCUUAAUGUUAGAUACAAUCAUAUUUGUCUACACAGCUUGGAAACUGUGUUUAGUGCUUCGGAAUUGAGAUACAAGUGGAGAAACAACAACAAAACUGCAGUGCUGGUAAGAGCAGCAGGUGAUGGGGCAUCCAGGGCUGAUGUGAGUGAGAAGACUCAGCACUGCACAGGACACGACAGUACAGUCUGCAGCAAAGUUCAUCACUGUUUUGAACCAGAGGAAAUGCUUGUUUCUCUCAGACCUCAGGAAAGAAAGCCGGAAAGUCCCAAGAGCUUUUGACUACCCAUUCGGAUGCCUUUGACAGCAAGACAAUGAAGAGAGAUGCUUAUCCUUCUUGGUUCUGGUUUAGAGAAGGCAAGGAUCACCUGCCACAAACCAUGGGUGAAACCUGAUGAAGGACAACUCCUUCGAAGCUGAUCAAAGUAGUCAGUGGCUCAUUUGAACAGAAAGAGGCAAAAGGUUUAUGUUCUGUCAGUGAGUCCCACUACCACAAACAGCAUGCUGAGUAUCAGCACUCUGGCUAAACCAGCUAUCCACAGGGCUUACACGGACAGUGCUGAGUCUGCACAGGUUUCCUUCACCUUCUUUUUUGUG